CCUCUAAAUGAGCCGCACAACCAAGGAAAAUGGGCAGGUUGUCAUCCAGUAACAUUAUGCUCUUUUCUCUCUGUAGUUUUUCCAUUCUCUUUGCUUUUUCUGUUUGUUCUGAAGAAACAACAUCAACAAAUUUGGAAAUCCAAGACGAAUAUGAAGACUUGUUUGAGUCCAGAGAAAACCUCCAACCUCAUAGGAGUAUUAAUUUCAAUGAAUAUCGCUAUUUGGUACCAAAACGCUUAAGUGACAUGAUACCUCCAGUCAUAAACAAAUACAGUAGCUUUCCAAUACUUGAGAGGGAGCUCAUUGAGGAGAGAAGCCUUAAACCUUCUGCAAACCUUCCACUGCGAUUUGGAAGAGCAUCUGAUGACAAAGUGGGAAAGAGCAUCCCAAACUUACCUCUUAGGUUUGGUCGACACAUACCUGGAAAGGCCAGUAUCCAGUCAACAGCUAAUUUGCCUCAAAGAUUUGGACGAUCCCAAUCUGGUGGCCAUUUUGUGCAAUCUUUAGCUACAUUACCUCUUCGUUUUGGAAGAACAAAUAAUUUUAAAAGAUCACAGUACGAUAACAACUACCAACUUCCAGAAGUAAAGAACUCUGAUGAAGACAAUGAAAGAAGCCAAGCAAUGACGUACGAUUAUGAGCAGAACCUUCAUAUGUAGCAUCGGGAAUCUGUUGGCGUGUUCACAUAGACCCUGGGCCAGUUGUAGCUUUUACUCCGGACCAGCACUGAGCAUUGAAGAUCUCUAUAGGACUAGAAUUCCUAAAGGCUUGAAUCUCACUCUUUGUACACAGUUGUGACAUCAGGUUACUGUUGCUGACAAACUUCUAACCUGAAGAACAGCAAUGACUGUACAAAGUGACACUGAGAAUAGCUAAGCAUAUUUAAUUUAGCACAGUAUGAAGUCAAAUAGUAUUAUUAUAUUGUACCUUAAAUAAACGACAAA